AAGGUCGGGCCAUGGUGGGGCAGAGGCAGGGAACAUGGCGUGGCGGUGCUGGGCGCAGAGCGGCUGGCGCUGCGGCCGGGCGUGGGCUCCGCCGGCGGGCACCCAGGUGUGUGAGGAGCUCCCCGCUGCCCUGGCCGCCCCGCGGCUGCUCGGACGCAGGUUUAACUUCGUUAUUCAGCAAAAAUGUGGAUUCAGAAAAGCACCCAGGAAGGUGGAACCACGAAGAUCAGACACAGGGUCAAGUGGGGAAGCUUACAAGAGAAGUGCUUUGAUUCCUCCUGUAGAAGAAACGGUCUUUUAUCCUUCUCCCUACCCCAUCAGGACUCUUGUGAAACCUUUUUUCUUCACUGUUGGGUUUACAGGCUGUGCAUUUGGAUCAGCUGCUAUUUGGCAAUAUGAGUCACUGAAAUCCAGGGUCCAGAGUUAUUUUGAUGGCCUAAAAGCUGACUGGUUGGAUAGCAUAAGGCCACAAAAAGAAGGAGACCUCAGGAAGGAGAUUAACAAGUGGUGGAAUAAUCUAAGUGAUGGCCAGCGGACUGUGACAGGCAUAAUAGCUGCAAAUGUCUGUGUAUUCUGUUUAUGGAGAGUACCUUCUUUACAGAGGACAAUGAUCAGAUAUUUCACAUCGAACCCAGCCUCAAAGGUCCUUUGUUCUCCAAUGUUGCUGUCAACAUUCAGUCAUUUCUCCUUAUUUCACAUGGCAGCAAAUAUGUAUGUUUUGUGGAGCUUUUCUUCCAGCAUAGUGAACAUUCUGGGUCAGGAGCAGUUCAUGGCAGUUUACCUGUCUGCAGGUGUUAUUUCCAAUUUUGUCAGUUAUGUGUGUAAAGUUGCCACAGGAAGAUAUGGACCAUCACUUGGUGCAUCUGGUGCCAUCAUGACGGUGCUUGCAGCAGUCUGCACUAAAAUCCCAGAUGGAAGGCUGGCCAUCAUCUUCCUCCCUAUGUUCACCUUCACAGCAGGGAACGCCCUAAAAGCCAUUAUCGCCAUGGAUACGGCAGGAAUGAUCCUGGGAUGGAAAUUUUUUGAUCAUGCAGCACAUCUUGGGGGAGCCCUCUUUGGAAUAUGGUAUAUUACUUAUGGGCAUGAACUCAUUUGGAAGAACAGGGAGCCUCUAGUGAAAAUCUGGCAUGAAAUGAGGACUAAUGGCCCCAAGAAAGGAGGUGGCUCUAAGUAAAGCCAGGGCUGGCCAGUACUGGUGCAAUGACCUGUCUGCUGGGAGCUCCGGGAGUGCCUGCCGUGAGGGACCACGGCCUCGCUCCUGCCCAGAGGACACCCGGCAGCCAGCCUCCCACGCACUGCAAACUGCCCUCCAGUGUACAUUGUCUCAGAAAGCGAAUUAUGGCACAGUUGUGAAAUAAAGGUUUAUAUCUCUAGUUUGUAAA